UGGCCACACAUCGCAAAAAAGCACAAAACCCACGGACACAAAAAACUCAACACAAACAUCCGACGGUCAUCCAAGAAAUGCAAGCUGGGCAGUGAGCGGGGGAGUGUAGCGUAUUUAUCAGUUGCCCGGAGUUGAGAGCCGCAUCGGUUGCCGCAGAUUAGCGUAGCCACAUAUCCGCCAAAUCACCACCGGAACCCGUACAAUCCACACUGCUGUUGGUUCAAAAAAAUAGCCAGGCGGAAGGCGGGAUAACUGGAGAGGGGGAGACGCUGAGCGAAAAACAGCGUGCCGGGGGCGGAGAAGCAAUCAAGUGGCAACAGGAGGAGCCAGCAGCAAGAACAACAACGAUAGCCGGGCAACGACUGACUGGGUGGCCGAAGCAAAAUGCAAAAAGUUAAUUAGUGUGAGGGAAAUCAAAUUGGACGCCCCAUCGAGGGUCUCGCCAUGGAAUUCGCCGACUUGAUAAAGACCCCCAAGCUGGAUGGGGUGCUGUUGCAUGAUCCGGGCACUGCUACAGGCACUGGUGGGGGUGCAACAGUUGGAACGCUCUGCAUCACCGGUCACCAUCUGUUACUGAGCGCCCGCCAGGAGAAUAGCCAGGAGCUUUGGCUGCUGCACAAAAACAUCGACAGUGUGGAGAAGAAGCCAAGCCUAAGCCAAAACGUCGUUACGGGAGGACUUAUCACCCUUAAGUGCAAGGAUCUCAGGAUUAUAUCACUGGAGAUUAAGAGCGCCAAGGAAUUCUACAACGUGACCGCCUCUCUGGAAGCCCUAAGUGCCAUACAGAACACAGAGCUACUGUAUCCGUUCUUCUACCGGCCCAUGUACUCCAUCCUGGAAGAUGGCUACACUAUGUUUAGGCCCGAACUGGAGUUUGCAAAGCUCAUCAGCGGCAUGGGAAUGGGCGGUGCGUCGUCACCCAAUGUGGCCAACAUAACAAUUUGCAUGCCUUCAACGUCGUCGACAUCGUCCACGUUAGCUGGUGGUAGCAUGGCAGGAGGUAACAUUCCCCAUCCCCUACAAAAUGGCUACGCAAUGGACGCACUGCAAGGUGGCCUUGGGGGUGGAAAUGUCUCCAGUGGGUGCGAGUGGCGCAUCAGCAACGUCAACCGAGACUUCAGCGUUUGUGCCACAUAUGGCGCCACGCUAAUUGUACCUAAAGCAAUUACGGACGAGCAGAUAGUGCUCUCCGCUUCGUUCAGGGACGGUGGACGGUUUCCCGUGCUAAGUUACAGGCAUGAAAAUGGUGCCACCCUCAUGCGCAGCUCCCAGCCUCUGUCCAUCCAGGGCAUCAAGCGGUGUCGCGCUGACGAGGCGAUUCUCAACCUGGUUCUGGGCCGAAGCCGUAAGGGCUUCAUCGUCGAUACCUGGGGCAAGGGCAAGUCCAACACAGAAACAGAUCUCCAUUACUCCCAGUGGAAGAAGGUGAACCGCUCCAUUGGGAAUGUCAGCUCACCAGCCUCCAUUCUGGAUAGCUUUUCCCGGCUGAUCGAGGCCUGCAACGACUUGGGCUGCAGCACGGACAAGUGGCUGUCGCGCCUGGAGGGCAGUGGGUGGCUCAGUCUCGUACUGAACUCCUUGAACGCUUCUUGUGUGGUGGCUCAGUGCUUGGACCAGGAAGGCAGUCCGGUGUUGGUGCAUGGAGCCAAGGGCCUGGACUCAACCCUGAUUGUUACCUCACUGGUCCAAAUCAUCCUCAAUCCAGACUGUCGCACGGUGAGGGGUCUCCAAGCUUUAAUUGAACGCGAAUGGAUUCAGGCUGGUCAUCCAUUCGCCUCCCGGCACCGAUUCUCCUGCUACACUCCGCACCAGACGCGCAACAAGAGCUCUGGCGCCACAUUUGUGCUCUUCCUGGACUGCAUCUACCAGCUGUACAUGCAAUUCCCAUGCAGCUUCGAGUUCAGCACCCAGCUGCUGGUUCUGCUUUUCGAGCACAGUCACUUUUCUCAGUACGGCACCUUCUUGUGUGAUUCAGAGCGGGAGCGACACGAGCUGAAGGUGCAUACUAGAACGACUAGCCUGUGGUCAUAUUUGAACCGACCCGAUGUGCUACAGACCCUGCUGAAUCCGCUAUACGAGCCCAAUGCCAAUGUGAUAUGGCCAUCGGUUGCUCCCAUCAGCUUGGAACUAUGGAGCGAUCUGUACUUGCGAUGGGUGAUCGACCAGCGGAGCUCUGCCGCCGUCAUGUCUCAGAUCCAGGAGCUGGUGACACGCGAAAAAGAACUAAGAACUCAGGCACUCAAACUGCGCAAACAGGCCUUGGAACUCAGCCAGGAGGUCUGCACACUCAUGAACAAUGCAGAAGAUGCAUAGCCGGCUACCUCAGCAGCUCUCUGUCUCUCAAUCUCCUGCAUGAUAUACACUUAUUUUUGAUACGUUCUGUUGCAAACAAAUGUCGAAAAUUAUUUAAGCAUAAAGUAUAACUAUAGUUAAGUCACUAAAAGUUCCAUUUACAAUUAUCAAAUGCUGAAGAGAAUUAAAAACCAUUGGAUCCGCUUUUGGAUCAACUCAAAAUCACUCAAUUUUAUACAUACGUAUGUCCAUUUUUAAACCCAAUAUAUUGAAAAAAACUACUGCUGGAAUUUGAAAAAAAAAAAAGAACUAUCCCCUCGAAUGGCGCUGCUCUCUACUUUUGAACCGAAACUGCACCAAACGGAAAACUAUCAAAUAUUUGAGUCAAUUUUUGACGCAUUUACUUUUAUGGAAUUUUUAGCGCAUAAGUAUCCAAAUAUUAACCUACACUUAGUACUUACUUGAGUCAGUUACAGAUCAAAUUUAGUAUUAUAAAUUGAAAAGAUUUGCCUUUUUCCAACAAUUUGUAUGUACAUUUGAUUAAAUCGCAAAAAUUUGAAGCUUCAAAAGCGUUUAUCUUAAUAAUUAUGCUCUGCAUGCGUUCGAAAAAAACCAAAAUCUAAAACAUUAAAAACAUAAAAAAAUAAAGUAUAUAUUGUAAAUUAUACAUUUAUAAAUGUUUGUAGCUGUUAUCCAUUGUUUAUUUCGAAUUGUGAUCGUAUUUGAAAUGACAGAAAUUUGUAUGUAAUUUAUACCCACAUUUACAUUUCUAUCGUGCGUAUUUUGUGUAUCGCUAAAGUGCAAUAAAUACAUGUUAAUUUGGAAAUAUUAAUGGUAUUUAGACUCUAUCUGGUAGUCCCCUUAACCCUGAGAUCAAAAACAAAGGUAUUUUGCUGUUUUGUAUAAAGAAAAUUGGUUUAUUUUUAUCUAGACUCCUUUGAGGACGACAAUCAUCCGGCUACUUUUUCGGGAUUCUAUUUAUUUUGCAGUAUAAACGCAUAUAAAACUGACUUUAAUUAAUUACAAAACAUUCCCAAUGCAAUGUCCUUGACAACAAUAACAAAAAC